UGGAUUUUACAUCAGAAUGGUAAGAGGCUCAAAAUCGUGUGAUGCAUUCAUCUGUUGGAUGUUCAGUCCAUUCUAUAUCUCCUGUAUGAUACCAUGGAUUUGGAGUCGAAAGGAGAGAGAUAUAUCUUGUUUAACAGUCUUUCAAUUUUGUUGAAAGCUGUUGAAAAUGAACGUACAACCGUUGACCUUCGAAAUGAAGCGUCAGUUUACGGAACAGUAGAGCACGCAGAUGCCCAGAUGAAUAUCGUAAUGAGAAACUGUGUCUUCACCGAUCCUAGGGGGGAUUCGUACAAUUAUGACCUGUUGUUUGUUCAAGCAAGAAAUAUUCGCUUCGUUCACAUACCACCAGAAAUACGUAUUAUACCAGCUAUAAAGGAACAGUUACGACAUUUGUACAACCAAAAGAAGAUAGUAAAAGAUGAUAAACGAACUUUUAAAAUGAAACGUUCGGAGCAAAGACAACAAGAAGGGCGUGCGAUGGUAGAGAAGAUUUUGGAAGAUAAAAAGAAGGCAAAAUAAGUUUCCAACGAUAGUGAAAGGGAUUAAAAAUGAACUAACAAAUUAUUCGUAUUUUUAUAAUGCGUUUAUUUACAUGUUUAUUUUCGAUGUAUAAAAAUAACUUCAUAUAGACAUACAUUGCAUAAAAUUCGGUACAAAUUUAAUGUAACAGCAAAUACUUUAUAUAAAUUGUAAGUACAAUUGUCAAAUAUACUGUUUAAAAUAAAUAUGUAAAUCAAUAAAAUUAAAACAGAUUUAUUUUAAGAGAGA